GAUGUCGGCAGACAGUUCGACGUGCACGUGGCUGGAGUGGAGCCUUGUUGCUCUAGGAGCUAUUACUGCAUUGAAGAUUGGCUUGUCCGGUUUAUUGUACGGAUGGGCAUUUCUUCGCAGUUUUGUGUUUCCAUCGCUUGGACUGAGCAGACGUCUCAAACGUCUAGGACAAUGGGCAGUUGUGACAGGAUCUACGGAUGGAAUCGGUAAAGCUUAUGCAGAAGAGCUAGCCAGACAAGGUUUAGAUAUUGUGCUUAUAAGUCGUUCAGAAGAGAAGCUAAAGACUGUUUCAGAGUCAAUAGAAUCUUCAUACAGUGUUAAAACGAAGGUGGUAGUGGCCGACUUCAGUGAAAGCAGUCAGCAACUUUACGACCGCAUAUUUGAACAAGUGAAAGACCUAGAUAUUGGAGUUCUGAUCAACAACGUUGGUGUUAGCUACGAACAUCCAGAAUAUUUUAGUGAAGUUUCUACGGAUGAUUUGUGGCGGCUAAUAAAUGUGAAUGUAGCAGCUGUGACUUUUCUCACUCGUUCUCUAUUGCCUUCCAUGUUGGGCCGAAAACGUGGUGCUGUAGUGAACGUUGCAUCUUUUGCUGCCUGCUAUCCGAUGGGUCUCAUUUCUGUGUACUCUGCAACAAAGGCAUAUAUGCAUACUUUCACUCAAGCUCUACAGCAAGAAUAUAGUGGCUCAGGUGUUACAAUUCAAUCAGUUACUCCUCUGCUUGUUGUCAGUAAAAUGAGCAAAGUGAAACGACCAACGUUCUUGGCUCCAUCACCGACUACGUUUGUUCGUCAAGCUGUUGGAACAAUUGGUUGUUUGCCUGUCUCGCUUGGGUGUAUAUCUCAUGAGAUACAAGGUCUUGCUCUUUCAUGUCUCCCUUCUUCUUUUCGCAGUCACUACAUUUUGAAUGUACACAAAAAAUUAAUGAAAGCAGCCAAAGCCAAGAAGAACAAAUCUCAGUGACAGUGUGCAAACGAAUCGUGUGGACUAAAUGGCUUGGCAUUGUGAUGUUCUGACAGUUUGUGACUGACGUUAUUGGUUUUGCUAUUCACAUUGCAUACGUCUUCAUAUUUGUUGUUUAGUAUUGCGUCCAAUGACCAUAUGAUGCCAGACAAAAAUUAAGCAACAUAUGUCAUAUCA